GUGGGUGCCACUCGCGAAACAGCACUUGCCCCCAAAAGUCUGCUAGGGCUACACGGUUGGGAAUCUUUGUCUUUUGUGCCUGCAUGCGACGGAGCGAGCGCGGUUGUGGUUGCCGUGUGGGUAUUCGCGAGGAGCUGUGCGAGAGGGUGGGCUGCAUUUUCAAAUCUGACAUCACAAGGCAAACAGCAGCCACCCUGCCACUGCGCACUCCCCAGCAGAUGAUGUCACGACCGCCUCUUCCAGUCCUCUGCAUCUCUCCCACCCCCACCAAGCACCAGCAAUCCAUCCAGCCAGCCUUGAGCCUUGAGGCAGGCAUGAAUAUUUAAUAUCGAUGUACAGCUUGCGCGCACGCACACACGCUACCAGCCGCAAAGUAUUCCUUAUUUAGCGCAUUUGGAGCUGACGCAUAAGUAUACGCUAAUUAGCUUUCUGUUGAUUGUGGGUGCGUUGGACGUUGAGGGCUUGGCUUAACGUAAUUGUCCCACGAAGAAAGCUGUGCGGCUGAAUGUUGGCGUCAAGGUCAUCCCAGUAAACUAAGUCCCCAACGGUGCUCUCGUAGAAGUCGCGGUAGUUAGUAUACAGUGUGUUGCAGACACGGCGUGAGACGACAGGGUUUGCUGUGUGCGUGAGCAGUCUCCAGCCACACGGUGCCCUCCAGGUGCUGUAAUUGGACCGAGACUCGCACCUGUAGAGAGCUUGGGCGUGAAGAUGGAGAAGGAGGGCGAGCACGUGAACGUGGCGAUGGAGCCCAUCGCAUGCCCGCUGCCGCCGUCGGCGAUGGCCGGUGGCGGCGCGGCGGCGGCGGCGGCGGCGCCCGACGUGCCGCUGCUCGCCACGCACCUCAAGAAGGUGGAGAACCACAUCACGGAGGCACAGCGCCUCUCGCACCUGCCCCGUCGGCCCGCACUCGAGCUCGAGUUCCACGAGCUGAGCUACUCCGUCCGCGAGGGCUCCUGCUGGAGGAAGCGAGGCUACAAGACGGUGCUCAAGUGUCUCUCGGGUAAAUUCUGCAGCCGAGAGCUGGUGGGCAUCAUGGGACCAUCGGGCGCGGGAAAAUCGUCGCUCAUGAACAUCCUGGCCGGAUAUCGGAAGACGGGGAUGAAGGGACAGAUCCUGGUGAAUGGGAAUCCACGCGACCCGCGCACCUUCAGGAAGAUGUCCUGCUACAUCAUGCAGGACGAUGUCCUCCUGCCACACCUCACAGUGCAGGAGGCCAUGAUGGUCUCCGCAAAUCUGAAAUUGCAAGAGAAAUUGGACGAGAAGAAGAGGCUGGUGUUUGAGAUCCUGACGGCGCUGGGCCUGCUGGAGUGCCGCGACACGCGCACGUGCCGGCUCUCCGGCGGGCAGCGAAAGCGCCUCGCCAUCGGCCUGGAGCUCGUCAACAAUCCCCCCGUCAUGUUCUUCGACGAGCCGACGAGCGGCCUGGACAGCUCAUCGUGCUUCCAGGUGGUGUCCCUCAUGAAGACGCUGGCCCUGGGGGGACGCACGGUCAUCUGCACGAUCCACCAGCCCAGCGCCAAGCUCUUCGAGAUGUUUGACAAGCUGUACAUCCUGAGCCAGGGCCAGUGCAUCUACAAGGGGACGGUGAUGGAGCUCGUCCCGUACCUGCGAGGGCUCGGCCUCCACUGCCCCACCUACCACAACCCCGCCGACUUCGUGAUCGAGGUGGCCUCGGGGGAGUACGGCGACCUCAACCCCAUCCUCGUGUCGGCCGUGACCGAGGGCCGCUGCAGCAUGGAGCCCAAGAAGUCCCUGGACGGGGACGGGGCCCUGGAGGUCGUGCCAUCGGACGCGCACAGGAACGGCGCGCUCACCGAGCGAAGUGCUGUUAGUGAAAACUGCCACAGCUUCUCAACGGGUGGAUUCACGCAGUUCUCAAUCCUAUUCAAGCGCAGCAUGCUCUCCAUCAUGAGGGACAUGGUGCUCACCCACAUGCGCCUGGGCUCCCACAUCGCCAUCGGCCUCCUCAUUGGCCUGCUGUACCUGCACAUCGGUAACGAGGCCACCAAGGUCUUCAACAACUCCGGCUUCCUCUUCUUCUCCAUGCUCUUCCUCAUGUUCGCCGCCCUCAUGCCCACCGUGCUCACUUUCCCUGAGGAGAUGGGAGUGUUCAUGAGGGAGCACCUCAACUACUGGUACAGCCUCAAGGCCUACUACCUCGCCAAGACGAUGGCCGACAUUCCCUUCCAGGUGGCCUUCCCCAUGGCGUACUGCGGCAUCGUCUACUGGAUGACGUCGCAGCCGCCCGAGCUGCUGCGCUUCGUCCUCUUCUCGGCCAUCUCCGUCAUGACGUCGCUCGUGGCGCAGUCGCUGGGCCUUCUCAUCGGCGCCGCCUCCACCUCCCUGCAGGUGGCGACCUACGCUGGUCCCGUCACCGCCAUACCCGUGCUGCUCUUCUCCGGCUUCUUUGUCAGCUUCGACACCAUCCCCACCUACCUGCAGUGGAUCUCCUACAUCUCCUACGUCCGGUACGGCUUCGAAGGCGUCCUCAUUUCCAUCUACGGGCUGGAUCGCGCCGCGCUGAACUGCAACACCACGGCCACCCUCUGCCCGUUCCAGCAACCGACGGCCGUGCUGGAGCAGCUUGCGGUCCAGGACGGCAAGCUGUACCUCGACUUCAUCAUCCUAGCCGUGUUCUUCCUGUGCCUGCGCCUGCUGGCCUACGUCGUGCUGCGGAUCCGCGUCAAAGCCGAGAGAUAAAAGCUCCCCCCCCC